CCUCUGUAACCUCGGCGCCGGGCGCUGGCCCUCCAGCUGUUUGUAGGCCUGGGAGUGAGGGUCCGCGGAAGGUAGUCCCGGCUGCCCGCCCGACGCUGCGGUCGCCGGCUCCGGCAGUCCGCGCACUCCCUCUGGGGCCGGCAGUCGGGUGGGCCGCUCCGGAGCGGCAGCCCGCGCUUCUGACUGACAGGCGCUACUCCCCACAGCUCGCGCUCCCCGCCACGUCCCCGGUCUCGGCCGACGGUACUGCCUGGCUAGUGACCUUUCCGAGCCCGGCUCAAUGACGGCUCCCUGCCCCCGGCUGGCGCCGCUUCCUGAGCGCCGCGGGCUCCGGCUCGGGCCGUUCCCGCUGCCGCCGCCGCUGUGGCUGCUACUGCUGCUGCUGCUGGCGGCCGCCGGGCCGGCGCGCGGCUGGGAGAGCGGAGACCUGGAGUUGUUUGACUUGGUGGAGGAGGUGCAGCUCAACUUCUACCAGUUCCUCGGGGUACAGCAGGAUGCUUCAUCUGCAGACAUCAGAAAAGCAUAUCGUAAGCUUUCACUAACUUUACAUCCAGACAAGAAUAAAGAUGAAAAUGCAGAAACUCAGUUUAGACAAUUGGUGGCCAUUUAUGAAGUUUUAAAGGAUGAUGAAAGAAGACAGAGGUAUGAUGAUAUUCUGAUCAAUGGACUUCCAGAUUGGCGACAGCCUGUAUUCUACUACAGGCGGGUGAGAAAAAUGAGCAAUGCUGAGCUGGCAUUACUCUUGUUCAUUAUUCUCACAGUGGGUCACUAUGCUGUGGUUUGGUCAAUCUACCUGGAAAAACAACUGGACAAACUGCUUAGUAGAAAAAGGAGAGAAAAGAAAAAAAAGACUGGCGGCAAGAAUGUGGAUGUAUCAAAACUUGGUGCUCCUGAAAAAAAUGAAAGUUUGCUGAUGAAACCACAGUGGCAUGAUUUGCUUCCAUGUAAGCUGGGAAUUUGGUUUUGCCUUACACUAAAAGCCUUGCCUCAUCUAAUUCAGGAUGCUGGGCAGUUUUAUGCUAAAUAUAAAGAAACGAGAUUGAAAGAAAAGGAAGAUGCACUGACUAAAACUGAACUCGAAAUACUUCAAAAACAGAAGAAAGUUAAAGUUAAAAAGCCAAAACCUGAAUUUCCUGUAUACACACCUUUAGAAAGUACAUAUAUUCAAUCUUAUGAUCAUGGAACUUCUAUAGAAGAAAUUGAGGAACAAAUGGAUGAUUGGCUGGAAAGCAGGAACAGAACACAGAAAAAACAGGCACCCGAAUGGACAGAAGAGGACCUUAGCCAGCUGACAAGAAGUAUGGUUAAGUUCCCAGGAGGAACCCCAGGUCGAUGGGAAAAGAUUGCCCACGAAUUGGGUCGAUCUGUAACAGAUGUGACAACCAAAGCCAAGCAACUGAAGGAUUCAGUUACCUCCUCCCCAGGGAUGGUUCGACUCUCUGAACUCAAAUCCACAGUUCAGAAUUCCAGGCCCGUCAAGACAGCCACAGCCUUGCCAGAUGACAUCAUCACCCAGCGAGAAGCUGCCCAGGGGGCCCAGGAGGAGGCCGAGCAGGAGGAGGACCCAGCUGAGCAGGAGACAGAGGUGGAAGAAGCCCAGCCUCGGAAGCGGAAGCCAGCCCGACUGCUGGACAAGGCCCCAAGGGCGGAGUCUGAGGAGAAGGUCCGAGGGAAGAGGCAGAGGGAUUUUGAUUUGUCAGAGCAGAAUGAAUCCAGCGAUGAGGAGAGCCAGAAAAAAGACAGAAACGGGGCAGCUGAGGAGCCGUGGACUCAGAAUCAGCAGAAGCUGCUGGAGCUGGCAUUGCAGCAGUACCCCAAGGGGUGCUCAGAGCGCUGGGACAGAAUCGCCAAGUGCGUCCCGUCCAAGAGUAAGGAAGACUGUAUCGCUAGGUACAAGUUGCUGGUUGAACUGGUCCAAAAGAAAAAACAAGCUAAAAGCUGAAUAUUCUGGAAGAUGAUGUUCAUCUUCAUUUUCCAAAUGAGUAUUUUUAAAAUCUUAUGCAGAAAUAUGCAUUUUGUACCUCAGUGUUUUCUAUACGUCAUGUGCCUUAGUAAAAUUAAAUAAAUAAGCAAACAAACAAGUGGUGUGCUAUAUUGUUUAAACAAAUGCUGUGUUAAAGGGGUAAAAGGCUUGGGGUAUGUUGCAGAUUAUGGGAUCUCUGGAAACUGCAAAGUGAACAUUAGGGAACAAGCCAAUAGUGUUUUCUGAAUGUCAGGCAGAUAUGUUUUUGCAGAGAAUGUGUGAUACACUAAUGUGUAAGAACUCAAUGUGGUUCUCUAAAGCCAUGACCAAAAAACACACACUAGUUAUUGUCGCAUGGGGAGGGCAAGAACACCAGGCUAGGGGCUGGUGCUAUGGCACAAUGAGUUAAAGCCCUGGCCUGAAGCGCCGGCAUCCCACAUGGGCGCUGGUUGGGGUCCCAGAUGCUCCACUUCCGAUCCAGCUCUCUGCUAUGAACUGGAAAAGCAGUGGAAGAUGACCCAGGCCCUUGGAUCCCUGCAUCCACGUGGGAGAUCUAGAAGAAGCUCCUGGAUCCUGGCUUCAGAUUGGCUCAGCUCUGGCUGUUGUGGUCAUUUGGGGAGUGGACCAGCAAACAGAGGACCUCUCUCCCUCCCUGCCUCCCUCACUCCCUGCCUGCCUCCCUCCCUCCCUCCUCCCCCCACUGUGGCUCUCUGGCUCUCUGGCUCUACCUCUGGCUCUACCUCUGUAACUCUGCCUUUCAAAUAAAUAAAAUAAAUAUUUACCAAAAAACAAAAAACAC